AUGCCACCUAAAACUCGACUAAAACCUGCUGCCGUUACUAGCACCAAGCUAUUCAAUAAGCAAAAAACUGGUGUCAACGAGGCUCCCAAUGAAUACCUUUACCUCAAAAAUCAUCUCAACAAUCCUGAACACAACUCAAACGAUCUUUCUGAAAAUAGUUCUCAAUCUACUAGUUUUUCUGAUUACCCAGAUCAAGCUACCUUUAGAAUCGAUCAAUUAUGCACACAAUCUUACCUUACUAAACGCAAAACACCUAUUGACAAUUGGCAUAUAAUCGAAUCAGACCACGAUGUAUUUACAAAGAUGAUCAAAUCAUAUGGGAUUAGAGACAUUAUCGCUCGAGAGGUCGUUACUUUGAACUUUGAUGAGCUUAGGGAGACCACUCAAGUAUAUGGCCUUAUUUUCGUGUCGGAUUAUAAAGACCAAAAAUCCAAUGAAUACGCUGCUCCCAACGAUCCAGACGAUCCGGACGAUCCCGAAGUCAAAGAUUUUUUUUUCGCAACUAAAGUUGUCAAGAAUGCAUGUGCUACAGCUGCACUUUUAAGUGUUCUCCUUAACUGUGAUAGCAGUCUUGAGACUUGUAAAGAACUCAAGAAUUUGAAUAGAUUAUCUAAAAGAGCCAAUUCAGAUGAUGUAGGUGCUGCCAUUGGUAAAAGUAAAAUGUUACGUGAAACGAACAAUUCACUUUCCAGCCCAGAGAUCAAUGCAGUAUCCUCAAGUUCUGAAUGCUCUGACUAUCAUUUUGUGAGCUAUGUAUUCAAGAAUGGGUUCCUAUGGGAGACGGAUAGUACAAAAUCUGCACCUGUGAAAAUAAAACUUUCCCCUGCUGAAAACUGGGUCGAUUCAGUAAAAGGAAUUUUAGAAGAGUUAAUCGAAAGAACCCCUUUCAACAACUCCUUCAACUUAAUUGCGAUUGUACAUGAUGAACUAUCUAGCUACAAAAGACUUUUUCACGAGAAAAAUAUGUCUGCCAAUGCAUAUAGAAACCGAAUAAAACUUGAAAAGAAAACAUUGGAAGAAGCCGAAAAGUCGAGUUCGACUUCGUUAGAAUACACAGCUUCGGAUCAGCUAGUUACCAAACAUGUUCUACGCGUACUUACGAAGAAGUAUACCAAAAUUGAAGCUGACCUAACAGUUAUCAAGAAGAAGAUUUUAAAAUUCACAAGAAAGAGAGAGGAAGAACGGAUUAAUAAAGUGCGCAGGAAGCACGACUAUUAUCCUUUCAUUGACGCUUUUAUAAGGACUCUUCAUAAUAAAAGCUUACUGCCUGAUGCACCAUUGGGGAAGUAAAGUCCAAUUAUUUCAAGUUUAAAUAUACGUGUAUCAGCUUUAACGUUGGCAAAAAAAAAGUUAAGCCAUUCCAAAAGAAUAUCAUUUUUUCUCACUUAUUAUUUAAACCAGUCAAACAGUUAGGGUAAAUAUACACUUAAUAUACUCAACUUCAACCAUC